CUCCGAAAUUAGAAUCAUUCAACCGCUUUACGUGAGCAUGGUGACGCUUUGCUUUGAAUUGAGGCUGUACAGCAAGGCUGGCUCUGGUCUCCAGCGGCUGGUCUGAUUCCUGCACCUAUGCUGAAUUACAAAACAGUGAUUGGUAUUCUCGUGCUCAAAAUUUCAUUAUUGCAUUGGCCUGCGCAGCUCGGGAGUAUUCAUUAUUUUUCACAUGCUUCUCUUGCGCAUCUGCACUCUAUGAACCCUUCAGUGUCUUUUUGCCUAUCAGUUAUCCUUCUCUACCUGGUAUGCACUUCGUGGUUGUAUUUUUCCAACAGUCGAGGCUCGAACAGCGUCUUCUGUGAUCGUCACCAUAUUGGCAUUCACUGUGCGGAAUGGAGUUACUCACUUCCAUCACCCAUUACCUUGCCAUUGUUGCAAUAUCUAUACGCGUUGCACAAUCCCUACCAUAUCUUCCUGAGGAAGCGGACUGGAAUCUCAAUCAGAAUCAAACAGCGACACACCCUCUCGACUACUCGGGUCAGUGGGAUGGCCACAUUUAUAACCCCUCACCAGAGAAUUGGCGGUUCCCAUUUUACACGAUAUUCCUCGACAGAUUUGUAAAUGGUGACCCGAGUAACGACAAUGCAAACGGGACACAGUGGGAACAUAUCUUGACCUCCAACGAGUUCCGCCAUGGUGGUGACGUUCUUGGGUUGGUGGAUACGUUUGAUUAUCUACAGGGAAUGGGGAUCAAGGGUGUCUAUCUCGCCGGAACACCAUAUAUCAACUUCCCCUGGGCUGCGGACGGAUACUCCCCGCUUGACCUAACUCUGCUGGACCAUCACUUUGGUACGAUCGAGGACUGGCGCACAAUGAUAUCGGAAGCACAUCGAAGAGGGCUUUAUGUUCUUUUUGAUAAUACCUUUGCAACAAUGGGCGACCUUAUCGGUUUCCAAGGUUUCUUGAACCAGUCCGCGCCGAUCAAUCCCAACGAGUACGACUAUGUAUGGAAGUACGACCGUCAAUACUGGGAUUUCCGGCCUGGGAAUGAAGUUGAGAGUGAAUGUCCCUGGGAGUAUCCUCGGUUUUGGGAUGAUGACGGGACCGGGUUGACCACCACAACCCUUGGCCCUUCAUGUCGGAACAGUGAAUUUGACCAGUAUGGAGAAGUUGCUGCGUUUGGAAAUUACACCGAAUGGGAAGGGCAGAUAUCCAAAUUCGCAUUUGUGCAGGACCGUCUUCGCGCAUGGCGACCAGACGUACUAGCCAAGAUCAAACACUUUUCGUGUCUUACAAUCACCAUGCUUGAUAUCGAUGGAUACCGCGUUGACAAGGCUUUACAAGCUACCCUUGACUCUCUUGGAGAAUGGUCCGAACACAUGCGCGACUGCGCCAAGCAGGUGGGAAAGGACAAUUUCUACAUUCCCGGAGAAAUAGUGGCGGGUAACUCCUUUGGCUCGCUUUACAUCGGUCGUGGUCGCCAGACAAACCAAACCAUCUCCAAUAUGACGGAAGCGUUUAUGAUGACGAACAAGACAGACAAGUCAGAUGAGGAUCUCUUCUUGAGACCUGCGCAGAGGUCCGCGUUGGACGGCUCGGCGUUCCACUACACAUUAUAUCGUGGCCUGAGCCGGUUUCUAGGUCUAGAUGGUACCUACACUGCCGAAGGCGACCCGCCAGUGAAUUUUGUGGAGACCUGGAAUGGUCUUGUGGAAACCAAUGACAUGGUCAACACGAACACCGGCAAGUUCGAUCCUCGUCACCUGUUUGGUGUUACAAAUCAGGAUGUCUUUAGGUGGCCAGGGAUCAAGAACGGGACCGAAAAGCAGAAUCUGGGUCUGUACGUCGCUUCAUUGCUUAUGCCCGGGAUUCCCAUCCUGUCCUGGGGCGAGGAACAGGAUUUCUACGUCCUAGAGAACCAGGCGGACAACUAUAUCUUCGGUCGUGGACCCAUGUCAUCUGCUCAGGCAUGGCAGCUGCACGGAUGCUACAAGUUGGGGUCAUCGAAAUACGUUGAUCUCCCGCUCGACCGCUCUUUAACUGGAUGCGAAGAUGACUCAGUCAGUCUGGAUCACCGCGACCCUUCUCACCCAGUGCGAGGCCUCAUUAAGAUGAUGUUUGAGAUGCGUCAAAACUAUCCUGUUCUAAACGAUGGCUGGUACCUGCAGCAAUUGUCCAAACAGACGUUUGACAUUUACCUUCCAGGAAGUAAUGGCACACCAACCGAGACUGGGAUGUGGAGUGUCAUGAGAUCACGCUUCGUGGAUGCGCAGAAUUUCGAUGGCGAAGGCCAGGGCAAUCAGAGCGUCUGGCUGGUGUAUUCUAAUGACAAUAAAACAGUCGACCAUCAGUUUAACUGCAGCAGUAAAAACGCUUUGAUCUCGCCAUUUCCCUCGGGAACUACGGUCAAAAACCUCUUUCCGCCGUUUGAGGAAAUUACCCUCGCCAACAGCUCGAUUGCGCUUAGAUUUGAAGGGUCUGACGUUCCGAACGGAUGUUAUCCCAACCUUACUAUGCCGGCUUGGGGUUUCAAAGCCUUUGUUCCGAAAAAUAAAUUUGUACAGCCUUCGCCAUAUAUCACACGCUUCUCCCCAGGGCAUGACGCUCGACUUGUGCCCCGGGGAACAAGGGGGGAGACGGUACGAAUUGGUUUCGAGUUCUCUCAGGAGAUGGACUGCAGGGAUAUCACAAAUUCUCUGACGAUCACAUCCAAAGCCCUUCACGACGAGAGCCCGCAGCUUGACACUACCUCGGUCUCUUGUAAAUCUAUCGAGGAGACCGUUGUUGCGACAUGGCCCGGGGCACUUAAUGGCGUUUUCAGAUACGAGGCAGAUUUGAGCAAUGUCUUUCCAGGAGUUCACAGGGUCACACUUAACAACGUGACCACAGCAGACGGAAAUCAAUCUACAGGUUCUGUCGACCACUUCCUUCUCCGUAUCGGACAGAUGAACAAUCCGAUGGUUUGGCCACAGUCGGCCAACUACAGUAGAACGCUACUGUUCGAUAACCCGUCGUCUGAGACUGAGCCCUUAUCAAUUGCGCCACAAGCCCCUGGUGCGGACAUGUGGCGAUACUCGCUGGACUUUGGGGCCACCUUCAGUGCCUGGAUGACAUACACCGGCUUGAACGUGUCGAUUCCCGGCAAAAACUGGACCGGCACUGCGAAACAGGCUUGGGAAGGAGAACAUGUCCUUACCCAAUACUGGAGCAAGCUAACCGGAAGUAGUGCUCACUGGCAACAUGGCGACACGCAGUGGGCAUACAAGCCCCCACGUCGCUUCCCAAAUCUUUUCAUCGAAGGCGAGUUCAACCAGUUCGGAUAUGACGCUGGCUAUUCCAACAAAAUGGCUCUUAGCAACGUCACUGGCUUGUGGGAAAUUCACUUCAUGGGCGAAUGGCCCGUGCAAGUUGCAUUCAACGCUUGGGGUUUAAAUGAAGACGGCAUACCCGAUCAAACACAGGUAUUUGGGGACGUCGAUGGAGACAAUGUCCUGGAUCAGGUCCCACCAGUCACUCUGCUGAGCAAUGUGUUCAAUGUCACCAUCCCACCCCCAUCGCCCUACCUUUCCUUCAAGCUGUCGGUAGAUGACAGCAAUCUCAAGGUCUACGCUACGCCCACAGGAUCCAGGUGGGUUCAGCUGGCGAUCUUUAUCGUGCUAGCGAUUGUGCCCGUCGCCACUGCUGUCGGUGCGGUGUAUGUGUACCUGAAGGCAUUUUACCAGGUCAAAUUCAACCAAAUCGGAGUCACCGAGAAAAGAUCAAGUUUUCUUCCACUGGCGGGCGUCAUUCAAAAGAUAGCUCAUCGAUCUAACGACGGGGAAUCUCACCCCGAACUUGCUCUAACCACCGUGGGCCGUUUCCAACCUGAAAGCGGAGGCGUCGUCGGUGCCACGGUAAAUCCCCGCCGACGAACAGUACUCAUUGCAACGAUGGAAUACGAUAUUGAAGACUGGGGCAUUAAGAUCAAAAUCGGCGGGCUUGGUGUGAUGGCCCAGCUGAUGGGGAAACAUCUGACCCAUCAGGAUCUCAUAUGGGUGGUCCCUUGCGUAGGAGGAGUUGACUACCCAAAGGAUGAUCCCGUUGAGCCGAUCGUGAUUACCGUUCUUGGGAAUAACUACCAAGUGGAUGUCCAGUAUCAUCGGCUGCAAAACAUCACGUACGUCUUGCUAGACGCACCCGUGUUCCGAGCCCAGUCAAAAUCAGAGCCGUACCCUGCCCGCAUGGAUGAUCUGAAUUCGGCUAUAUUCUAUUCUAGUUGGAAUCAAUGCAUUGCUGAAGCAAUCAGAAGAUUUCCGGCUAUCGACCUCUAUCACAUCAAUGAUUACCAUGGCGCCGCUGCACCUCUCUAUCUACUACCUCGCACGAUUCCAUGCUGCUUGUCGCUGCACAAUGCUGAAUUCCAAGGACUCUGGCCAAUGAAAACACUACAGCAAAAUCAAGAGGUUUGCAGUGUCUAUAACCUUGACCAAACAUUGGUGAAGAAGUAUGUGCAAUUCGGCGAGGUCUUUAACCUUCUUCAUGGAGCUGCCAACUAUCUAAAGAUCCACCAAAACGGAUUUGGGGCUGUCGGUGUCUCCAAGAAAUAUGGCAAGAGAUCUUACGCCAGAUAUCCUAUUUUUUGGGGUCUCAAGAACAUUGGGGCACUUCCAAAUCCAGAUCCAUCUGACAUCGCCGAGUGGGAUCAUAACGCAAAGAACAUUCUCGAAGACGUUAUCAUCGAUGCAGAGUUUGAAGCCAGUCGUGUCACACUAAAGAGACAGGCGCAAGAAUGGGCGGGGCUAGAAGUUGACCCAGAGGCCCAGCUGUUUGUAUUCGUUGGUCGUUGGUCCAUGCAAAAGGGCAUUGAUCUGAUUGCAGACAUCUUCCCCUCCAUUCUAGACACUCACCCAACGGUCCAGUUGAUGUGCAUUGGUCCAGUCAUUGAUCUCUAUGGAAGAUUUGCCGCGCUGAAACUUAACCGACUCACAGAGCUCUAUCCGGGGCGGGUCUAUUCCAAACCAGAGUUCACUGCACUGCCGCCCUUUAUUUUCAGCGGCGCGGAAUUCGCCUUGAUUCCUUCGCGUGACGAACCGUUCGGUCUGGUGGCCGUAGAAUUCGGAAGAAAAGGAGCUUUAGGCGUGGGCUCACGUGUCGGUGGUCUUGGGCAGAUGCCGGGAUGGUGGUACACAAUUGAGUCUAUGACAACCAAACAUCUUAUCCAACAGUUCAAGAUGGCCAUCAAUGACGCUCUGAAAUCGUCGCAGGAGACACGAGCGCUCAUGCGUGCACGAUCCGGGAAGCAGCGCUUUCCCGUAGCACAAUGGGUUGAGGAUCUAGAAAUUCUACAAACCACCUCAAUUGAAAAGCACGCCAGGUAUUCUAAACGUCACGAUCGCAGUUCAUGGAGAAUUUCCCGUGGCAGCACCCUUGUGCCAGAAAGCAUUCGCAAAGUCUCGUCAAGCUCAAACAACAGCCGCGAGCAUAGCCGAUCACGCAGCUCCUUGUCUGUCUCGCCGAGCAGACCGAUCACAGCUGAUAUAAGACUGUCUGGACCUCGACCAGGCCUUGAGCACUUUCUUUCGCCGACAAAUUUGUCUUCUAAUCUCAACAUGUCCGACAACGAGCUCGACUCUGACACAGACCUAAGACGCAGACCCUUGUCCUCCAACCUUCUCGCAGACUCGCGGAUUGUCUACUCUUCGGUCAGCGACGGAGAAGAUCUUGACCCUAUUUCUGGGGCCGUCCAAGAGGACAGUAGUGCUCGUCCAUCGCCAUAUGGGACACCUACUGUCUAUUUUGCGCGAUCCGGCGCCAGCACACCCGUUCUCGGUUCGGGGCCAGAAGACGGUUUGCUGGGCCGCAGAGACGCAAGAGAGUCCACGAUGAGCUUGGUCAGUGUCGAUGGAAUAAUAAAGGAAAAACAAGACUAUAACCUUCAGAAAGUUGAUCCAUUUUUCACGGAUGCGAACAACGAGUAUGCGGAUAAAUUUGUGAAGAGGCUUGGGGAUUUGAAUGGCAAGAACUCCGAAGACAAGCUCUGUAUCGAGGAGUUCCUCGAGAAGAGUGAAAAGGACUGGUUCAAUCGAUAUCGCGAAGUCAAACUGGGCAAGUCUCCCUUGCCGUCUCCUGCUGCUUCUGUCUUUCGCUUCAAGGUUCAUGAAAGCGGCCGGUCGGAGACCCCACCAAUCAUUGGUCCAGUUGCAGACUCAAAUGCCGAGCAAUUCCUUCUCCCUAAUGACUAUGUUCCCCCAACAGGUUUGAAGCGUUUCAUGUUGAUGAAGCUGGGUGAUUGGCCUGUAUACUCCAUCUUCCUCGCUAUCGGCCAAAUUCUCGCCUUGAACUCGUACCAGAUCACACUCCUGAACGGUGAGAUUGGAGAGACGGCGGAAAAGCUAUACAUCCUAGCAUCAAUCUAUCUUGCGUCUUCGAUCAUAUGGUGGCUGGUCUUCCGUCUAGUCCCCUCGGUUUAUGUUUUGACACUUCCUUUCUUUAUGUAUGGGCUUGCCUUUCUGUUUGUCGGUCUUGCCGGUUCCAUCCACAACAGCACAAAUCAAACAUGGCUACAAAACGUGGGAACCGGCUUGUACUCAUUUGCUUCUUCGAGUGGUUCGCUUUUUUUCGCCCUCAAUUUUGGAGAUGAAGGUGGAGCGCCUCUGAGGUCUUGGAUUUAUAGAGCCACUGUCAUUCAGGGCACGCAGCAGUUGUUCAUCAGCUUCCUUUGGUACUGGGGUAGCUGGAUGGCAAAUCUCAAUCAAACCGGGAGCACGAAAUACACCCUUGCCAUGACCAAUCCAGGCGCUUUGCUCGGGAUCGGAGUCGGACUUGCCUGUCUUCUGUGGCUAUUGGGAGCACUGGUGUUCUUUGGACUUCCUGCCUAUUACAGACAAGCACCAGGCCAGGUACCAAAAUUCUACCUAUCGCUAUUUCGCCGUCGCAUCAUUCUUUGGUUUUUCUAUAUGGCGUUUAUAUCCAACUACUGGCUGUCGGCACCUUAUGGACGAAAUUGGCUCUACCUCUGGUCCAGCAAGCAUGCACACGUGUGGCAAAUCGUGCUCCUUGUGCUCUUCUUUUUCAUUGUUGUCUGGGCGGCAGCUCUCUGGGUCUUUCACGUUUUUUCCAAGAGACACGCCUGGUUCAUCCCGAUCUUUGCCGUCGGUCUUGGUGCUCCUCGCUGGGCCCAGAUCCUGUGGGCAACUUCCAAUAUAGGCGCGUACAUCCCCUGGGCCGGUGGUCCUAUGGCCGGAGCUAUCCUCGGCAGAGCACUUUGGCUCUGGUUGGGAGUUUUGGAUUCCCUUCAGGGUGUUGGAUUUGGAAUGGUCCUUCUCCACACAAUGACUCGAUUUCAUAUCACCUUCACACUCCUAGCCACGCAGGUCGUCGGUUCUGUUGCGACAAUCCUCGCCCGCGCGACAGCACCUGAUAAGUUAGGCCCUGGUGAUGUCUUCCCUGAUUUCUCCGCUGGCAUCGCAGUCGGCUUGGGAAAGGCAGAUUUCUGGGUCUGCUUGCUCUUCAUGCUUUCCAUCAACGUGCUCUGCAUUUUCUUCUAUCGUAAGGAACAACUCGCGAAGCCUUGAUCGCUGCUUCAACCUUGACUGGCGUUCUGUUUUCUUUUUCCUGUUUACAUCCACUUUACAUUGUGCGGCAUAGGUUUUGCGAUUAAAGGAUUUAUUAUACUAUUAAUGGAAUGCAUUUACUUAGGGGCG